GAGAACUGACUCAGAGGUACAACAGUGUUUUAUUUCCCCAGAGCUCCAGGAUGCUUUGCCUGAAUGAUGAACUGCUCUUUAAACUUAACCUUGGAUACGUCAGUGCUUUGGUUUUACAGCACACCGUGAUCGUUCUUCUACUUGCAGACUCCUUUAGAGGCCAGUCUCAGGGGGCUAGACCUUCUCGAACAAUAGUGACAUUAGUUGGUGAAGACGUUAUCCUGCCGUGCCACCUGGAACCUGCAGUGGAUGUUGUUUCUAAGAGUGUGGAGUGGGGGAGACUUGACCUGGAACCAAGAUUUGUCCAUGUGUGGCAUGAAGGUCAAAACAUUCUCAGUAACCAAAACCCGUCUUACAGAGGAAGAACAUCAGUGUCCAUUGAGAAACUGAAGCAUGGAGACCUUUCACUGACACUGUCUGCAGCCAAACUCUCCGAUAAUGGAAUCUAUAGAUGCUACUUUCCCUCACAGAAUAAAGAAUCCACUGUUGAGCUUAUUGUUGGUUCUGUCUCCUCAGCGGUCAUAGCUGGAAUUUACUUAAACAGCAGCGCAGUGGUGUUACAGUGUGAGUCUGCAGGCUGGUAUCCAGAGCCUGAGGUGUUGUGGCUGGACGGUGAGGGAAAGCUCCUCUCUGCUGGACCUACAGAGACAGUCAGAGGUCCUGAUGACCUCUAUACUGUCAGCAGCAGAGUGACUGUGGAGAAGAGACACAGCAACAGCUUCACCUGUAGAGUCCAACAGAGGAACAUCAACCAGACCAAAGAGACAGAGAUUCAAUUUUCAGCUGAUUGCUUCGAGGCUCCAUCUUGUUCUGCUGCUCGUGUCGGCAUUUUAGUGUUUAUUUUCCUCAUUUUUGUUUUUGCAGCAGCCUAUGUUGUGUGGAAAUGGAGACAGCACAAAACCAAAGACACAAAGAUGAACCGUGAUGGUGAGAGAGCAAAGACAGAGACAGAGCAGCUCAUGGCAGAACGCAAGAAAAUGGAGGAUUUGGGGGAGAAAAAGGCAAAACUUGUAGAAAUGUUACAGAAGAAUGAAGAAGAAGAGAAAGACUUGGAGCAGGUGGUUAAAACACUGAUGGAACAGGAGGAGCAACUGAAAGAACAGAGAGAUCAAACAGAGCAUCAAAAGAACCACAUGGAGAGAAACAUUACAGAUAUUGAGAACAAGCUUCAGUCAGUGGAGAAGAUGGCAGAGAGUGACCGAUACCAUGAGAUGAAGAGCAUUGUGUUAACGGCCAAAAAUCAGUUGAAGGGUAGGAAACAAGAAGAUGAAAAACUUCACGUGGAAACACAGAGACUACUGACUAAAACACAAAGUGUGAUAAAUAGAAUGACAGACAGGAAGAAGGCAGCAGAAAACUACAAGGAGACACUCAGUGAGCAGCUGGAGGAGAUAGAGAAACAAAAAAAAGAGAUUCAAAGGAAACUUCAGUCAGAGCAGACUUUAGAUUAUUAAAAGACAACAGCUAAUCAAAGUCUUAUUCUGGUGUUGAUACAGAUUUGUUUAUAGCAGUAAUACGAAUGCACUAAAAACCCAUCUUCAUUUAUGAAUCAUCAUCUGAGAGCUCUCAUUAAUGAUGCAGAACAACUUUUACAUGACUUUUGCCUGGAUCCAGGCCCGGCGCCAUGAAGUUACUGAGGGGGCGGUUAAAAAUUACAAAGGGGGAAAUAUUUAUUAUGCAACAUAGGUUCACAGUGAGUUAUAAAGAGCGCGCAGCCGUGCGUAAUUGUCGCACGUAAUGACAGCUCGUCGCCGUCUUUCAAGUUUGUCUCCUGACAGAUGGAGCUGACAGACAGACAGACAGACAGACAGACAGACAGACAGGUGGAGCAAGCGGCAAAUUGGUAUGAAAGCUGGUUCAGGUUUCAGUUUUUCCACUAGCCUAAUCUGUCAUCCAAAGAUGGAUGCCCCCGAUUUCAAAACUCAUUCAUCAUCAGUCAUCCUGCUGUCUGGAUGCAUGUCUGACAUAUCCAGCAGAAAAAAACGUGUGUCACAUAGAACAUAGAAAAAUAAACCAGCUAGAUUCUGUCUUACUUUUCCUCAGUAGAGUCGCAGCCUUCUUGUUUGUUUGUUAAACUCUCUGAGUAAGCGAGGAGCCACUGGCCUCAGCUGCAGUCUCUGCUGUAGUGUUUUUUUUUUUUUUUGUUUUUUUU